UUUUAGAAGCCAUUCAUGCAGGAAAUGCAGAUCAUUUCAAAGGGUUUACACAUAUUUUCUCAUAACUGUAUAUUGAGCCUGCUGUGAAAUAGCUUGAAGAAAGAAAGUAAUUUUAAGCUAAAAAUAUGGAUCUGUUCAUUCAGUGCAUGUGUAAAAUUGAAUUUUCUUCACCUUUUUUCCUUUACAGAUGAGCCGAACGCUUGAGAAAUAUGAUGGAGACACUGAAACGUCACUCCUGAAAAAACACUUGAUCCGAGACUCUCCUGCACUUGCAAGUCCAGAUUUACUCUCUGAAGUGUCAGAGAUGAAGCAAGACCUUAUCAAAAUGACUGCUAUUCUGACCACUGAUUCCUCAGAGAAAGCGGGUCCUAUGCAAGGGGAUUAUUUAGAUAAGGGGGUGGAGGAGGUGUCAGCAGAGCCUUUUGAGAUAAUGGAAAAAGUCAAAGAGGAUUUGGAGAAAGUUAGUGAAAUUCUGAGAAGUGGAACAUUCGAUAAGGAAGAAUCUCCUAAAACAGAGAGUCGUCCCUAUAGGAAGGAUGAGGGGUGGGUUCUCCUGACAGAAAGUGAAAUUGAAGAGGCCAAAAUGAUGGCCGCCUUUGAAUCUCAAGAAUCGCUUCUAAAGGAAGUUAGAGUCAACAGAGGAUCGCAGAGAGCAAGGGGUGCUAGGGGCAUGGACACUGUUUCCACUGGCGAAGUGAAGGAAUACUCACUGGAUGUGCCUGGAACAUUGAGUCAAGAAACUCCAUCACAGCAACGGUUCACUGAGGUUGUUCUGCGCAGAGGUGGUCGAAAAAUAGUCCCCACAGUGGCAAAAGACACUAAAGCCCAUACAACAGAAGUAAAAAAGCCAAUAAGGAGAAAAGGGCCUCAAGGACACACAGAAGAAACCCAAUCAAUGAGCACAAAAGAAAGUAACGUCAAGAAGAGCGCAGAGAAGUCUUCCGAAGGGGAUGCCUUACUACCUGUACCUGGAGACCAAAAAAAGUCUCCUGUAUCACCAGUGGUUGAAGAGACGCCAAUCGGUUCGAUUAAAGAGAAAGUCAAGGCUCUUCAAAAGAAGGUAGAGGAAGAACAAAAAGGUCAUAAAAAACAGACAACCCAAAAACCAUCUUCUAUUGCCAAAGACCAGAAAACAUCAGGCCUGAAAAAACAAACCUCUUCACCCCAGAAACGGUCUCCUUCAAGGUCAUCAAAGCCUGACCCUGGAAGUCUAGAAGAAACCAUGUCUGUAAGAGAACUAAUGAGAGCAUUUCAAACUGGCCAAGACCCCUCAAAAAGAAAGUCUGGGCUCUUUGAGCACAAAGGAUCUUCCACAACAGUGAGUAAACCCUCCCAAAGUCUUCCCCGAGCACCCUCACAAGAAGAAGGGUCUGCUGAUGGUUUAAAGCCUGAAGAAAAAGUCACAAUUACUCCACAUAUAAAACACUCUAAAGACUUUGAAGAAGAUACCAAAGCAAGGCAAAAGAGUGGCGAGUCCACUCACUCAAGCGUGUCAAAACAUGGCAGAGAUCUUUUGCCUGAUAAUGGUACCGAGAACAGUGCAUUUGACGACAGCUCUGACAGCAUGAAACAUGAAGCAUUGGUCGACUCACCCAAUGCUAGUCUUGCUGAAGUGGAAGCCCCAUUGAGUUCUGAGGAAAGUUACAAACACGAGGGCAUGGCCGAGACUCCAGAAACAAGCCCCGAGGGCCUCUCAUUAUCACCAAAAAAAACAGCCCAGUCUAUACUUGCAAAGUCCUCAAAAUCAGAAGCAGUCACCCCUAAGGUCAAGACAAGUAAAAUCUCCUUUUCUACCGAGAUGAAGGCAACUAAUGAACAGGCUACAAUUCAUCAUCCAGUGGAUGAGCCAACAAAAAGUGAGUCCAUGUCCAUUCCUCAUAGGAAUAGGGGGGUGAACUUUGGGGAUGAAAAGACUUCUGUUGAUAAGGACUUUAUUUCUGUGUCAUUCAAGCCACCUAAAUCUCGAAAACUGACUAAAAGAGGCUCUGAAACGCUAGAGAGUUUUUUGAGCGAUGAGGAAUCCUUUGACGAUCAACCAACACCAACCUCUUCUGACUUUCUGGCCUCAAGGGCAGCUACACAGGAUCAUGGUGGUUUAGUGCUGCCUCUUAGACACCAAGAUUCAGAAACCCUUAGUCCAGUAGCUGAUGACUCUUUUACCAUUAGCCACAAAGACUCUUUAGAAGGUAGUCCCGUGAUGGAAGACAACUCUUCCCAUAGAACCCCAGACUCUAUCGAGCCUAGUCCAACAAACGAAUCCCCGUGCUGUGACUCUUUAGAAAACAGCCCCGUAGAGAUGAAAACCAACCUGACUUUUCCACCUACAGUAGAACAACCCAGUGUGACCACAGGCCCCCUGACAUCCUCCAAAGCCCCUGGAAUCCCCCCAGAGAGUUUGCGUAGUAGAUUGCUCAAAGAACAGGAGGGUAAUGCGGACGAUGACAGUUGUGAGCAGACGUCCCUGAUGACAAGUUCGGGUAAGAGUCCUCUCUCCCCUGACACACCAAGUUCUGAAGAGGUAAGUUAUGAGGUCAAUCCCAAAACCCCAGACCCCAUGGUCCUGAUUGUUCCCUUUAAGCCAUCCGUAAUCCCAGAGGAGACAGUAGAAGAUGAUGAGUUGAAGUGUGGCCUGACACAGAGGAAAAUUACUCCAGAGGAAGAGAUGUUUAAAAUGGCUGCCAAAAUAAAAACAUUUGAUGAGAUGGAACAAGAUGAAAAAGACAAAAAGGACAAUAGAAAAGAUAGUGAAUCUUCUCAGACAUUGGUAUCGUCUGAUGCAGGAGAUGAGAGCAUCAAACUGUUUGCGCUAACAUCCAAAUAUGAAACAUCCUCUGUGGAUGAUGGGUUUGGGUUUACUGAACUCAACCAAGUAUCAGAGAUAGCACAGUCUGUUGAACCAAUCAUUAAAGUACAACCUCCCUCUCCUUUUCCAGCAGGUAUACGUAAGAGCCCCCAAACAUCUGAGGACAUUCAGCACAGCAUGGCAUCUUCAGCUGAAUCAGCAAUGAGGAGACCUCAGUCUGUCUCAGAAAAGCAUAACACAAAACCACACCUUCGAGAAUCUCAUAGUGAGAAAUCUGAGGACAAAGAAUAUGUUGAUUCAGAAUUAGCACAGUUAAAUAAAACCGCCUCUAACAGCAACAAUCUGGCUGAAAAUAUAACCGAUGAACAAAAAGAGCAAAGUUUAAAAAGAUCUAAAGGAAAUCAAGCAGAUGCAAUGCAGAACGAGGCGGCCAAUUACCAGAAUGUCGAUUACAUAUUGCCUAGUCAGGAACAGUCUAAUGCAACAGAUGAGAUUAAAGGUGAUUACAUGAGGCAUACAGGGGCAUCUUAUGUUGAUAUUUGUAGUGGCAGCCUAGAUGUUGAUUCUAUUCCAAUUAUUAUUGGACAAACAAGAGAAACAUUUAAACCAGAAAUAUGUAUUUAUGAUGACACAGAGGAAGAUGAUGCUGAGGAGGAACCUCCUAAGACUGAAUCUAGAGGAGUUACAGCAAAAGCAGAGACAGACGCCUGGAAUUCAGUGCGAGAAGAUGACGAUUUAUUUGCAGCAAGAGUCAAAGAGGAAGAGCAAAAGGUCUUGGGUCUGGUCGUAGAUCGGCCUUCCCAAGGAGCGACUCCAGACACGACACCAGCAAGGACACCCACUGAGGAGGGUACACCAACAAGUGAACAAAACCCUUUCCUCUUCCAAGAGGGAAAACUUUUUGAGAUGACAAGAAGUGGUGCGAUAGACAUGACUAAAAGGAGUUACGAGGAGGAAGGCUUUGCAUUUUACCAAAUAGAGCAACCUGUUGAAGAAGUCAUAGCUCAAGAGGGAGAGAGUGGACCUGGUAGAGCAUCCAGUGAGGCUGAGAAUGAGGUUGGUUGUAACGUCUCUUUGCAGAUAAAACCAGAGGAGGAGAAUGACCUUUCUAAUGAGCCUGCAGAUUUAUCUGUACAUUCUCCUGCUGAGGUAUAUCUGGCUGCAGCUACAAAGUCAGAUGUUAUAAAGUCUAAAACCUCAGAGAAGGACCAAACAGUGCCAGAGAUUAAAUCAGACGAGGGACGUUUAAUAUCUGAUCCUGCUUACUCUGAUAUGGUCAUAGUCGAUGUUCAGACAGCAGUGUCAACUAUUACUAGAUCAGUUCAUUCCCAACAGAACCAAGAGUUCUCAGAUUCCCGCCCAGAUGAUCAGCACUCAGUUAUAGAACAAACCAAAAUCCCAGAAAAGACAGAAUCUAAAAGUAAACUUGUCUCUAAAAGUAACACUGCAGCCUCUCUAUCAUCUAAGACUAGAAAAGAUAUGCCCACCUCCAAAGAGGAGGAGAAACCAAAAUCCCGAAUCCCUGUUAAGGCCAGCUCCCUCAAGCCUGAGGUAGAACUUCCCAAGGAUAAGAAGUCAAAGUUGCCCGUAAAACCUCAAACAAGGAGAAAAUCGGACACUGAGACAGGCCCGUCCAUAACCUCCAGUUUAACAAAGUCUUCCAAAGCCAAGAGCUUCUGUGAAAGCGAUUCCACCAAGAAACCAGCCAAAAAGGACCAGAGACGUUCAACAAGCACUGACCUGUCCAGCACAACUAAGACACCUCCUUCAAGACUACCAGUCAGGGGAAAGCCUGGUCAGCCAAUUCAAUCUUCCACACCAGCAAAACCAAAAAAGGCCCUGCCCACUGACACAAGCAAACAGUCUGUUGCCUUUUCCCAAGAGAUUAGCCAUGAGGCAGCUAAGGUAGUGGAGAGUUUGGCUCAGGCAGAGAAAGACAAACAGGGUUCCUUAUCCGAUGAUGAGAGCAGCACGCCCGAUGCCUCGGUAAUAGAGAGUGAACCUUUUCUUGACAUGCAAAUGCCUUUCCCUGAGGAUUCCUUGGUCAUUAGGCCCAGAUGGGACAACCCUGUUGAGACGCAGAUGGAACGAAUCCCUGCUGAUAAAGUCCGAAGUCAAGUAGAUCCACAGGAUGAGGCGGAUCGGAAAGAAGGUCGUCUGGCGGUAAUAGCAGACCACCUUGGUUUCAGCUGGUCAGAAUUGGCUCAAGAGCUCGAAUUCAGUGAGAAGCAGAUCAGUCAAAUAAGAAAUGAGAAUCCAAAUUCUCUACAAGACCAAAGCCAUGCACUCAUAAGGCUAUGGAAAGAAAGAGAUGGCAAAAAUGCUACAGCAGAGAACACUUUGAUGAAGACACUUACAAAAAUAAAUCGAAUGGACAUUGUGCAUCUCAUUGAAACAAAAAUCAUCCAGUCCAGUCAAGACCAGUCAUCACACACCUAUGCAGAAAUUGAGCAAACCAUAUCAUUGGAUCAUAGUGAAGGUUUUUCAGCGCUACAGGAGGACAUGGACAGCCCCAGACCGGACCGGCGAACAGAGGUCCCUCAAAGAGGAUCAGAACUUGGGCCUCUGGUGGCAUCUGUUGAGGAUCUCUCCUGCAAUCGGUCUUCCCUCGAUGAUUCACAGAAAGAGAGGUUGUUGAUAGACAAGGAAAUGGGUUCAGAGGUGGUCGGAGCCUCAACACAUAGUGGUUUUCAUAUGGCUGAACUGCGGCAACAAUUCCCAGGCACUAUCAAGCAAGGUGACGAGAUGCCUGAAAUCCCUCCUCAGACCGUGACAGAAGAGCAAUACACUGACGAGUAUGGAAACAUGGUGGUCAAAAAGAUAACGAGGAAAGUCAUCCGUAAGUUUGUGUCAGCAGAUGGAGUAGAGCGAGAGGAAGUGAUGUCAGAGGGACCGAGACAGGAAGUCGUCGCUGUGGACGAGGCUGACGGUUUCUCUAAAGUCGUGAAGAGGACGGUGGUGAAGAGCGGCGGAGAUCAGACCGAGGUGACCUUCUCUGAACCCUUCUCGUACACCGGGGCGACGGCUUCUGAGUUCGAGGACGAGCCCGUCCAAGGUCGGAAGGUCAGCAAGGUCGUCAAAACCAUGGUUGUGCAAGGGGAACGCCUGGAGAAACUCAUCGGGGACCCUUCGCUCUCAUCGGAUCUCCCAUCAGCCAAAGACGACUUUGAAAAGGCUUUGGGCUAUGUAGGAAGCUUUGGGAAAGUGCACCUGCCUCAUUUAGUAGAGAGAGAGACGGUGAAAGAGGACGGAUCAGUGGUCAGAAGGACCCGCAUGCAUAAGACACGCACCCAGAAGCGAACGGUAGUGAAGGACGGCCAAACCAAACAAACGCACCUGGAGCGGCUGGAGGACACGCUGGACGUCCCGCGACCCCACGACCUCCAGGAGCACCUGCACCGGCUGCUUCAGCGCUACUGUACGCCGGAGCCGGACGCCGGAGAGCAGGACGAACAAUAACCCUUCACACACACUCCCUAGGCCUUUCUACGUACGCUAAUAAUUCUUCACUCGCUCCCAGAUCCCGUCUGAUCUUUUCGUAUUUAUUAUUGCUUGAUCUUCUCAUUCACGGCAAAUAAUGUAAACUUUUGAACCGCUUCAUGGCUGAAUGUGUUUCUUAUUUCCCUGACUACGUUUAUUUUCUCAUUUUGUGACCAAAGAUAGUGUAUCCUUCCGAAUUGCUGAGUGAAUUGUAUGACAACGUAGAUGUUUUGUGUGUGUGUGUGUUUCAUUUUGGUUGCUGUGUUAUUGUAGAAGCAGAACUAAACAUGAUGAUAAUGUGUAAAUACUGAAACUCUGUCAUAUACUCUUCUGUCUCCUGUAACGGCAUCAUUAAAACACGUCCGAUUACUUACUUUAAAUCAGACCGGAUCACAUGUGGUCUGAAUAUCUUUGAGGCAUGCGAGUGUGUAACCGCAGGUAAUCAAGUGCAAGCAUCAGAUAUCUGAAAUAAUAACCGGCUAUGUAUUUAUACUGAGGUUUAAAAGCCACCAAUAAAUAUCAUGAGGUAGUCUUUCUUAAUCCCAGAAUGCUUCUGAAUGGUUUUUACUUAGAUUGAGAAUUUAUCAGUUUAUGUGGAUGAAAUCGUUUGGUUUUCAAACAUCCAAUAAGAAUGCUGUCAUUAUACACAUCCAGUUAUUGUGUGUGUGUGUGUGUGUGUGUGUGUGAGAGAGAGACAAUGCAACAAUGUCUGUUUAUUGGAAACAUGCUAAUGAAUGAAUGAAUGAACAUUUUUAAUUCUAUCCUUGUUCCAUUUUUUAAAGUAUGGCUGAAUGUGAUUAUGAUUAUGAUGUGUGUGUGUGUGACGCGCAGUAGAACGGGAACAGCGAGUGGUUCAACGUUUGCCAGUUUUGUUUAUUUUUUCCUUUGCUGUUGCAAUGAUGUAAAAUAAAAAUGAAAUGUUAAUCUUA